GUUUCAUUUUUCGACUGCUCUAGUAAGGCACUCAUGAAUACUUGGCUCGCUUCUACUUUGACUAGCACCAAAACAUCUGGAAAUGACAAGCAGAAUCUUCUAGAUCCCCGUUCUUCCGCCGUUAAACAGGGCCCCCUUGAUGGUGGCAUUGAAGGUGAUGAUCGGCCGUCUUUGGACCGUGCCUUAACAGCUGCUCUACCCACACCUCAUGAUGUUAUUUUGUCCCAACUUCGGGGAUCUAAGGAAGCCUCAGAGAAUGCAGCUGUGGUUUCUGAUGAGAAUCAACGGUCAUUUCCACCAAGGUCGUCAACAACACCCAAUGUUGGACCUUUGGAACAUCCAGACCUGGCGCCUGGAGACGGAGUAACCACUGGAAGGCGUUCAAGCGCACCUACUCCAUUACCAGCAACUCUACCCGAAAGGGAUGCGUUGUACGAUCCUUUCACUGGGGCGCCUACUGGUGUUGUCUUCGCUCAGCCAGCCGAUAGACAACAGCAUGAGGGGAAGAAGAGUAGUGAGGAGUUCAACCAGGCGAAGGACGACUUGUGGGGUCAUCUGGGCCGUAUUAGAGAGCUCCAGGGCGAGAUUGCCGGUAUGCACGUUCAAAUGGAGGGUCUUGGUUUGAACGAUGGCGGCCGAGGAAAUUCCAAAAGACCCGCUGGAGUACCAGCCCGCAUGGCGUCAGAUACCAUAGGUGUUGACGAAUGGGUGGACACGGGGGACGAUGACAAGUCCACUAAGACCGCCAGGGAUGCUGAAUUUUCAAACCUCUCGGAAACGUUCGAAGGUAGACGUGCCGCGAUAGACGGCAUUAUGAAUAAGCUUGAUGAACUUUCCAAAGCACUCACAACCUUCCAUGCACUCCCUACACCGGUCGUUGACUUCUCAGCUCCAGCAUCUGGAAACAGUGCACGUGGAUCUCAUUCCAUGUCUCCGGUACUCCAAAGCCCUUCCCCUCUUUUCAGCAACCCCAAUUCACCUUCGCCGACUUCAUCCCCGGUUUCACCUGUUCCCGAGCACCCAAGAAUGUCAACCCUCUUGCGGACUGGUGUAGCAAAGACUAACUUUGCUUCUCAGGCACUAUCUGACAGCCCCACGUCAAAUAAGGCACCUUGACCUGGUAUCGCAUUAUCUCCUUCAUAUUUGUACUCACAACAUAAGGGUGCACCUCCUUGCCGAUUCGAGGUCCGUCGGAAUAUGGAAAGACUGUUCAAUGAGACUAUGAUUGCUACUCCAUUCGAUAUCAUAUACAGGGUUCUCGGCAUUUAAUCGUAUAUCCAGACGUCUACUCUCUCUCCCAACUCUUGUAAUGGGUAUAGAAGCGUCUUUCGAAGACUUCCAGCUCCUUCGUUAUCUUCUCUCUCCAUGGCGUGUUCAUGGCUUGCUUAAACUCCUCGCUGUGUUGUCCGUCAAAGUGCGCAUAUUCGGACACCAGAAGAUACUUCGGUGGGGCCUUCUCACCCUUCUGAACCCCCGUUCCAGUCCUCGCCCAAUCCUUCAGUACAAAUCUUCUGCUCCUCAGCCACCCUGGAAUUUUCGAUAACAAUGGAAUAUGUUCUUCGUCAUAGAACCUAUUGUAUUCCUCCUCCGCCUCCGGCUUUACGUCGACCAAGAUGAAAGCAACGUAAGGUGCAGAAGUCUUCUCAUGGAAGGACGGCGAGGGAGGAUGAAUGGGAGCACCUUGGUACAGCUCAUAUAUGCGCCUGUCAAGGAGCUUGAGCUUCGAUAAGAUAUCUUUCUCCCUCUCACUACGUGUCUCGGCGAGAGUGGUGUAAGGAGGGUUCUGAGUAUCCUCGAAUGAUGUGAGGUCGUAUAUGGCGGCCCACGGAGGGGUUUGGUCAUUGAAUGCCUUCAAGCGUUUCCAACUCUUGAAUGCCGGUAUAUCGAUUCGCAAAGGCACAUGUUCGCUGUCGUACCAGUCCUGGAAUUCGGAUUCUGAUACUUUAUCUCCUGGGUCUGAGAAUACAAGGAGGAGUGCUGGAGGGGCCAUGCUGCUAUCAAAUACUACAGCCCCAGUGUCUUAGGGCAAGCUUCGUUCUCUACUCACACAGAGUAUUUAUACCCAUUUCCACGACGAUGUUGUCAUUCUUAGCCGUGGACCUCGUGAAUGAUGCAUCAGUCAGCCAUAGUCUUUUCUUGAACUUUGCGUGGUAUGUUGGGAAUCCGCAUUAUAGGAACACGUCAUGCAGAUGAGACAUGCAUUUCAAGAAUGCUCGAGCUUAAAAAAGGACAAAUAUGUGGCAUCCAUUGAGUGUAUAUGCAAGUAAAAAAUGGUUGGCCGGAGCCAAAGUCCGAUGGUAUACGAUACAUGGUAUACAAAUUGGCGAAUUGAAACGAAUGCAAGAGCAGCGUCACAGACACCGU